AUGGACAUGGAGCGCACUGACGUGCUGGUCGACAUCCUCCGCCACCUCCCGCCGCGCAGCGUCGCCGCAUCCCGCUGCGUCUGCACGUCCUGGCGGGCCACCGUCGACCACCACCGUCUGCUGCGCGCGGACCUGCUCCCGCUCUCGGUGGACGCGGUGAUCUGGGACAAUUAUAUAGACGCCCCGAUGCUCUUCGCCCGCCGCUCAACGGCGCGCUACAUCACCAGCAGGCUCGAUUACCUCGAAGAGGAUCCCAACUAUGGGAUGUACGCUGGGGAGAUGAGGGAUUACUGCAAUGGCCUCCUCUUGAUUCAGAACGACACGGUGGUCAAUCCUGCCACGCGGCAGUGGGCGCCGUUUCCCCGGCUGCCGUGCGCGUGCUCGCCCGAUGGGGAUUGCGGGCGCUGCCACAACAAUCGCUACCUCGCAUAUGACCCUACCAUCUCGCCACAUUACGAGGUAUUCUUCAUUCCUCGUAUUCCCUGUGAUGUACCCGAUGACAUGGCCUGCACUAUGGAGUGGCCACCUUCGCCGUAUACCAUGUAUGUUUUCUUGUCCAAGACAGAGUGUUGGGAAGAGAGGUCAUUCAUGCGAGAAGGGGAUGCUGCCGGAACAAUUGACGAUGUGAAAUCACAUCGGAAAUCUGAUCAGAAUUUGUACUACGCAGCUUACUGGCAGGGGUCACUUUACGUUCCUUUUAGGCAAAGACACGGUGAUUUUCUACUGAGGUAUUACUCAUACUCAGACACUCAAUUAUCAUGUUUAUGA